CAACGCGACUGACCGUCUAACGUCUCUAUAUAUACGCAGCGUCCCUAUGGACUCAUACUCGUGUUUUCCUGAUUUCUCUUACUAGAAGAAAGGUUUUUAAAAAAGGUUGCUGCUGAGAUACGAUAUUUCAGACAGAGAAGAAAUGGCGAAAGAUUCGUACGAAGACGCAAUUGCAACACUGAAUAAAUAUUUCAGCGAGAAGGUGGAGCUUCCGCCCGUGCGGAGCGAUUUGCCUCUGCCGCCGCCCGACAUGGACCCGGUCGAGAGGAUGAGAAUCGGGUUCGAGUUCUUCAAGAGGGAGAAGUUUGACAAGAACCCAGAGCUGUUCUGCAAACUUGCUGAAGGGCAGAGUCCCCCGUUUAUGGUGUUUGCGUGCAACGAUUCCCGUGUGUGCCCCUCCCAUGUCCUGAAUUUCCAGCCAGGAGAGGCGUUCAUGUUUCGGAACAUCGCCAACAUGGUCCCACCCCACGACCGGGUUAGAUAUUCUGGAGUUGGAGCUGCCAUUGAAUAUGCAGUGUUGCAUCUUGCGGUCAAGAAUAUUGUAGUGAUCGGGCACAGCCGUUGUGGAGGGAUCAAAGGGCUCAUGUCUCUCCCAGAUGAUUUAUCCACCACUACUGAUUUCAUAGAAGACUGGGUAAAAAUCGGUUUACCAGCCAGGGACAAGGUGAAAAGAGAAUUCGGGCAUUUGCCCUUCGAAGAGCAAUGCGCCAAGUGCGAAAGGGAGGCGGUAAACGUGUCGCUGAAGAACCUGCUGACGUACCCGUACGUUAGAGACGCGGUGGCAAACAAGAAGCUCCGAUUGCACGGCGGGUAUUACGACUUCGUUAUCGGAUGCUACGAGAUGUGGUGCCCCCCCUUCGAAAUCACACCACUCAUCAAAGCCUAAGAUUUCGUGUGGGGCCCACCUAAUAAUCCAUGAAUCCCGACUUACAUAUCCUAUCCUCGUGUGAUGUACGGGGUAGAUCCUCGGAUGGAUGGUUAUAAAAAUAGCAAUAAAGUAUAGAGAGAUUAUCUCUCCUUUUCUA